CAGUGACAUUCAUCCAAGCAAAAGAUUUUUGUUAAUUAGCAAGUAUUUUGGUAGAAUUUUAACAACACAAGAACUAGAUAGACUCAAGAAGGUGCAUAAUCUAUGUGUAGAAUUAGAGGCAAAUGGUGCACUAAGUAAAAUGAAAAACUCAAUCGAAGCACAGUAUGGGCCAAUAAGUAUGUCAACAUUAAAAUUUGAAAGAAGACUUGAAGUAGGUUGGAGUAACAGAAUGACAGAAAUACGUGCUCUAAAGCAAAAACACCAUGUAGAUGCAAUAAAGAAAGAAAUUGUUGCAAAAUUUCAAAAAGCAUUAACAAAAGAAAAAGCCAGGCUUCGAAAGGAAAAAAAGGAAAAAAGAAGAGCUCAAGCACAGCAAUCAACACAUCAAAUGAUGAAAAAAGAAAUUACAACGAAACAGAUUGUAGAUAGAAGUAGACAAAAAAUAUGGAAAAUUCUAAUAAAGAAACCUCAAGAGUUUGGCCUAUUGCAAGUAAAAGCAAAACCUAGAGAACAAGAGGAAGAAGAACAAUUAACAGAAAACAAAAAA